AUGGGUCUCCUUUCCCUUGUUGAGGACAGGCCUACGCCUAAGGAUGUUUACAACUGGAGAGUGUACUUCACCGCAGCUGUUGCUGGCUCGGCGGCCAUCAUGAUCGGCUACGAUUCUGCCUUCAUUGGCGGCACAUUGGCCCUCAAAUCAUUCAGAACCGAAUUUGGUUUCGACAAGAUGUCAACAAAAGAGGUCAGCUUUCUGUCGGCCAAUAUCGUGUCCUGCUAUCAGGCGGGCGCGUUCUUCGGUUCCUUCUUCGCCUACCCCUUUGGACACUAUUACGGCCGAAAAUGGGCAUUGAUCAUCUUCGCCACAAUCUUUACAAUCGGCGCCGGCAUGAUGCUUGGAGCUAAUGGCGAACGUGGACUCGGUCUCAUCUACGGCGGCAGAGUGCUCGCUGGUAUCGGUAUUGGUGCUGCGUCUAAUAUUAGCCCGAUCUUCUGCAGUGAAAUCAGCCCACCUGCCAUCCGAGGACGACUUGUUGGCCUGUACGAGCUGAGCUGGCAGAUCGGCGGCUUAGUCGGGUUCUGGAUCAACUACGGUGUCAACCAGACGAUGAAGCCGUCUCACACUCAGUGGCUCAUUCCCUUCGCUGUGCAGCUCAUCCCAGCUGGUAUGCUUGUUGUUGGAGCCAUCGUCAUCAAGGAGAGUCCUCGCUGGCUGUUUCAACGUGGCCGCCGCGAGCAAGCCAUCACCAAUCUCGAAUGGCUUCGAAAGCUCCCAAGAGAUCAUGUGUACAUGCAAGAGGAGAUCGCUGCCAUCGAUGCUGCAAUCGAGCACCAGGCCCAGACGAUGGGUCUUGGCUUCUGGCAGCCAUUCAAGACUGUCUUCACCAACCGCCGUGUCGCCUACCGCUUCCUCCUUGGUGGCUCCCUCUUCUUCUGGCAGAACGGAACAGGCAUCAACGCCAUCAACUACUACUCGCCCACUGUUUUCAAGUCCAUCGGCAUUACAGGAACGUCCACCGGCCUACUCACAACCGGCGUCUUCGGUGUCGUGAAGACAACAAUCACAUUUGUCUGGCUGCUCUACCUCAUCGACCACUUCGGCCGCCGCGCGCUCCUCAUGUACGGCGCCGUCGCUGGCAGUCUAUGCAUGUGGUACAUCGGUGGCUACAUCGCCGUUGCGACCCGCGUUCCUGGUGGCAUUUCAGCAAUGGUCUUCUUCUACCUCUGGACCGCUUCCUAUACUCCGUCCUGGAACGGCACUCCAUGGGUUCUCAACAGUGAGAUGUUCGAUCAGAACGUCCGCACUCUUGCCCAGGCCUUCGCCGCGUCGAACAACUGGUUUUGGAACUUCAUCGUCGCCCGCUUCACGCCUCAGUUCUUUGAUGCCGCCUACUAUGGUGUCUACUUCUUCUUCGCGUCGAUGAUGCUGUGCGCGGCAGUCUUUGUCUUCUUCCUCGUUCCAGAGACGAAGGGCAUCCCACUCGAGAAGAUGGAUCGCCUCUUCGAGCCGAAUCUUCCUGCUCGCAAGGCCCACAAGGUCGUCCUGGCAGAAGCGCAGGCUGAGGACCGCGAGUUCCGCCGUCACAGUGCGAGUGAGCCCGGUAUGGAGUACGACGGAAAGAGACGCGAGGAUGUGGAAGAGAAGCAGAUUGAGACCGUGUAG